AUGUUUCUACUGCUUGGCGAACGUAUAGUAAACUCAUCAAUCCAAGUUCAGUAUCUAACUACAGAUCCUCCAUCCACACGAUCAAAAGCAAUUAUUCCAUUAUAUAUGCUAGACUCACUUGAAGAUGAUCCUUAUUGGAACGAUAAAAUCGAAAAAUACUUCGUACAACCACCCAACCCCAUAUUUGACAACAUAAGAUAUAAAACCUACUUUGAAACUUAUAAAUUAAAAUCAACUCAUCCAAAUACAUCUAACAAAACAGUAUACCAAGAUAAUCUCGGAAAUUUUUUUGUCAAACGCAAUAACCAAAUACUCACACGUAUGCGAUCCUUACAGAUAGAACAUGGUGAAUUGUUCUUUUAUCAACAACUUCUACUAAAAUUUUCAUGCAGAUUUGAAACUGAGAUGUUAAGUGGUUACCGAAAUUACAAAGACCAUUUCCUAGCUCGUUUUCCAACCAUAUACCAAUCUAUUCAAGAACAAAAUCAAGAAUUUACACUAAGACAAACAUCACAUGCCUUAGAUCAAUUCAACAUCCUCAUCGAAACAAUAACUUCGUCACUUAACUCAAUCCUAACAACAGAUAUUCUAAACAUAAUAAAAAUCCAAUUAGACUCUAUAAAAAUAUUACCACGAGUCGUGAACACUAACUCAACCAUAAAUCUACCACCAAGCUCAGCAAGCACUGAAAAAUCCUAUAUGAUACACCUAUUGUUAGAAGAUUUUCAAAGAACCAACCGAAACUAUUUACUAUUAGCACCAACUGGAAUCGCUGCACAAAAUAUUAGUGGAUCAACAAUUCACUCUGCACUACAAAUCAUCCAUGAUAAAUACGGAUUCCAAACUCUCGCAUUUCAUGACCGUGAACUAAACAACUCACUCCUUCAAAUAAACACUCUCAUUAUAGAUGAAAUAUCCAUGGUAUCGGGCCAAUUCCUAACAUACAUCUCUGAACUUUUUGAAUCAUUGCACAAAAACAAUAACCCAUUCAGAGGCAUCAACGUUAUUUUAGUCGGUGAUCUAGCUCAAUUACCUUCAGUUACUGGCUCUCCCAUCUACCAAUCCCCUAUAUGGAAAAUCUUCUACCCACUAUUUCUUCAUGAACCCCAAAGACAAAACCAAGACACCCAAUUCUAUAACCUACUACAAAAAAUAAGAAUGGGUAAGAUCAACGAUACAACAUGGCAAAUACUGUCCCAAAAAAACCACGAAACAAUCAGAUCAUCUGAAUUAGACACCACCCUUAAUACCACACACAUAGUAGGCUACAGAAAAAAUGCAGACUUAAUAAACAGAUUAAUAUGCACCAUGAUCCCUACCCAAGAAAACAAAUUCAUGAUCUCAAAUAGCAUCGAUGUCUUUAAUAACCGAAUAUGUAAUGACAAAUCAAUAUUCCGCGAAUUUAAAAACAAAACCAACCUACCAGAAACCAUUAGAAUCCAACCUGGUGCACGAGUUAUGUUUCUCACCAAUUCACAACAUCAACACCGAAUAGCAAAUGGUACUAUAGGUAUCAUCACAGACCUUGAUCCUCAACUAAAUCUCGUCUACGUAAGUUUUUGUAUCGAAGGAGCUAUAAUAAAUACUUCAUUCACCAAAUUCACAAGCAACUUCGAUAUAAAUGGCAUACCUGCUAGUCGAACCCAAUUCCCAAUACAAAAUGCAUAUGCGUUAACUGUCCACAAAACACAAGGACUUACACUCCCCGAUGUAUCACUAAACCUAGACAAACAAAUAUUCGCACCUGGCCAAGCAUAUGUAGCAUUAAGCCGCUGUACUAACUGGAAUAAUUUAAAAAUACAAUCACUAGAUAGCACUGCUUUUAUUACAGACCAAUCCAUGAUCAGAGAAUAUAGACGUCUAGAACUUGAAGCUCUUGAAUCACUACCACUAAACAGACCAGCAUAA